AUGGAGUACGAAACUUAUCCAACGACAAAUGGAAUGAAUGGACAUGGUCAUCGUUCUCAUGUUCGUAAUGGUCAUAUGGACGAUUAUAUGGUCCAGGAACAUAUUGAAUCAAUGAGUGCCCAGUUGAGUUCAACACGUGCUCAACGUAUUCGCGCAGCGAUAUUUCCUGAGACCCUCGAAGAUGGUGUAGCUGGUGGAAUAUCCAUGCCAAUGGCUUCACCUCAAUUUGCUAAUGGUCAACCGACGGCCGUUCAGAAACUUGCCGAGCCAUCACAAUUGUUAAAAAAUGCUGUCAUUGAUAUCAUUAAUUAUAAAGAGGAUGCUGAUAUAACUGAAAAAGCUCUUCCGGAAUUGAUUCGUUUAUUGAGCGAUGAUGAUCCGAUUGUUUCAGGUCAAGCUGCAUUGAUUUUACAUACGUUAGCAAAGAAAGAAGCAAGCCGAAUAGCUUUAUCUACUCCACAAAUGAUUCAAGCCUUAAUUCAAGCGAUCUCUAAUCCACGUGCUAACGAUGAAACACGUCGUGGAAUAGCAGGGGUGUUUCAUUGUCUGUCUCAUCAAAAGCAAGGCCUUGUUCUACUUUUCAAAGGUGGUGUUAUUCCAAUUCUUGUUCGACUUCUCGAUUCAUCGAUUGAAUCCGUGGUUAAUUACUCACUCUCGACGUUACACAAUUUAUUGUUACAUUUAGAGAAUGCUAAAUUGGAAAUUCUUCGUUGUGGUGGUUGUCAGAAAAUGGUGGGAUUGUUAAACAGUACCAAUCCGAAGUUUUUGGCUAUUCUUACUGAUUGUCUUCAUAUGUUAGCAUUCAACAAUGAAGAAGUGAAGAUCAUUAUCGAAUCAAGCAAUGGUCCUCAACAACUGUUACGGAUUUUGGAAUUAACAGAUUAUGAAAAACUGUUAUGGACAACAACACGUCUUCUUCGAGUUUUAUCGGUCAGUCCAUCCAUCAAAAUCGUCAUGAUAUCGAAAAAUGCAGUUCAAAUUCUUGAAAAACAAUUAUAUCAACCAAUAAGCUUACGUGUACAACAAAAUUGUUUACAAAUUCUUCGAAAUCUUUCCGAUCAAGCUGUUAAACUAGAAAAUCUUGACUCACUCCUUCGCUUACUCAUUGAAUUAUUACAAACCAACGAUCUCAUCACCGUUUCAUGUGCUGUCGGCAUUCUCUCCAAUUUGACAUGUAAUAACCAAUACAACAAAAUGGCUGUUGUUCAAUCGAAUGGUGUUCAUGGAUUGAUCAACGCGAUUAUUCAAGGUCAUGAUAAAGAAGAAAUUCUAGAACCAGCCAUUUGCGCAUUAAGACAUAUUACAUCUCGACAUUCCCAUGCGGCAGAAGCACAAGAUACAGUUCGAAAUGUCAAUGGUCUAUUACCAAUUGUUGAAUUACUUAAUCCGGCAAUCUAUUCAUGGCCUAUUAUCAAAUCGACUAUAAGUCUAGUGCGAAAUUUAGCUUUGUCGCCCAAUAAUCUUCCAGUUUUGCGUGAAACGGGUUCGAUACAGAAAUUAGCACAGUUACUCGUUCGAAGUCAUCAGGAAUUACAACGACAACAGCCUAAUGUUGAAUUAAUUGAUAAUUAUAUUCGAAUGGAUGAUAUUCUCGAAGCGUGUGUUAGUGCCCUACAUAUUAUUGCGAAAGAUCAGCAAAAUCGAAUAAUCAUACGUGAUUUAGAUUGUAUUCCAUUAUUUGUUCGACUUCUCUAUCCACCAUCGAAUAUUGCAAUUCAACGUGCAGCUGCGGGUGUUUUGUGUGAACUCGUGAAUGAUCGUUUAUGUGCAGACAUUGUUGAAAAGCAAAAUUGUACACAAAAACUGACUGAAUUACUCAAAUCGAGUGACGAAGGCGUUGCUACAUACGCAGCAGCAAUUCUAUUUCGUCUAUCGGAUGAUAAACCGUAUGAUAUGAAAAAGCGUUUAUCACAAGAUGUCACAUCAGCUUUGUAUCGCGAAGAACAUAUGAUCAACAACCACUACAGCAUGGGAAAUGGUUCGACUAAUGGUACAUAUGCAAAUCCCUAUCGAGGAACUCCACCACCCCUUCAUGAUGUUCCAACAAUGAAUUAUUAUGCAUCUGAAGGUGCAGGUGGUAGUGGUCUGGGAAGUUUAAUGGAUAAUCAAGUACUCAUCGGCGAUCGAGAUAUGAUGCAAGGUUCGCCUCGUUCGUCAAACCAUCAUCAAACACCUCCACCUCAUAAUACUAAUAAUCCUCAAAUGGCUGCUUGGUUCGACACUGAUUUGUGA